UUCCAACAGCGAGAAUUUUAAAACUAUUUUACACUGGGUGCUUGGUUCAAAGAACCAAUGAAACAAUUACGCAUAAUCAUUUGAUAUAAAUCACGCCGUAUACCUGACAAUAUUGCCGGUGCUAAAGGUCAAACAAAUAUAUAUGCUGAAGCUGAAUAUACGUAUGAUGAAUGCACAAUAUAGCAAUCGCGGGUCUAUUAAGUGGCGAAACACAUAGCAUAUACUGAACGCCAACGAGCGAAGAAAACAAAGGUAUAUUUUGCAGAAAUUACGCAUGUAUAAAAGAGAUUAGUAUUUACAAGUUGUAAAUUUGUGUGUUUUUCUCUUCUUACUGGUUAUAUCUAGUUGAUUUCACAGGUUAAUAAAAACUACAAUGUUUCGAAAGUUCAAGUUAGUCUUGUUAGGAGUGCUAUGUAUAUGCACGCUGCUCUAUCUUUCCAAAAAAUUAAUAUACCCUAGCAGCAGUGACGUUACAUAUAUACCUAUUGGUAAAGGAGGAACUUUUGGGGAUGUAAAAGUUUUUGUCAACCCAGUGGACGAUGGUAAAGUAACUUUAGAGGAUAUUUUCAUCAGCGUAAGAACAAGCAGAAAAUUUCACGAAUCCCGAAUUGACCCAAUCGUUAAGACUUGGUUCAAUCUGGCGAGGGAGCAGACGUACAUUUUCACAGACGGUGAUGACGACAAGCUAAACGAAACAACUGGAGGUCAUGUUAUAAACACACACUGUGGACGAGAUUACAAUAGAUCACAUUUAAGCUGUAAAACUGGAACUGUGUACGAUACAUAUUUAGCUAGUGGUAAAAAGUGGUGGUGCCGAUUUGACGACGAUAAUUACGUCAAUCCACGACGGGUGGUCCAUCUUGUGAAUGGUUAUAAUUGGACACAAGACAUUUGCAUUGGUAAACUAAGCGUUCCAUUUUUUACAACAGACUAUCAUGGUCACUCUGAGAUAUAUCAGUUUGCCCAUGGCGGUGCUGGCUGUUGUAUUUCCCGACCAUUGGCCUUGAAAAUGAAACCGUGGUGUGGAAGAGAAGAACUGGUUGUGACUACAAGGGAAGCGGGCAUGCAAGAAGAUUGCGCUUUGGGUUUCAUUAUAACCAACCGUUUGAAAAUAAACUUGACACUAACAGACCUUUUGCAUUCUACAAGAGAGUCACUCGAAGAUUUAAACCCAGACACUCUACAUGAGCAAGCAAGCAUAGGACAAAGCCCGGGUAACACAGUGAAUUUGGACAAAGUGAAGAAUGUAAAGAUAUUUAACCAUGAUGUAGACCCAACACGUUUUAUUACUCUUCAUUGUUUUCUCUUUCCUACUGCUAAUAUAUGCAAAAUAUAGUGUCUUUUGUGUUACUUUUUAAUAUACUUUUAAAAAGUUCUGUCUGUUCCGUGGUAAAUGAUAUAUAAAUAUAAUUAAGUGAAAUUGUAUACAACUGGUAAAGUCUGUUAAAAACGUCGUUUAGCAUUCGACGCCUGCAUCGUGACUGUCGAUAUCUCGCCGCAUGAGAAUAUAGUCAUUCGUAGCCUAUACUAAAUUGACCGUUUGCGUAGAAUGACUGAUAACAUGGUCGUGGUAUUACCAACAAAUUUCCGCAAUAGUUAGACUGGAAUCAAAUAGCAAACACAUCAGACCAAAACAGUGGGUAUGAGUAGCCUACUGGUGUCGUGACAUUUUUGUUUCGACCGUUAAAUUUGGACCGGGCGCAGUUACGCAUGCGCAGCAGGACCCUU